UCUUUGCGCUUUGAAGUUCCUACACCCGGUUAUCGUCUUGACAGUCCCGAACGGAGUCCUAAUGAGGCCGGGGUGAAGCGUGCCUGUGUGUACCUGAAACACCUAAACACCCCUGGUCCAACCCAACAACCGUCAAGUCCGCCCCCUGAUCCAAGGAGGGGGUGGCAGAAUGACGAUCACAAGGAUGAAAGGGCUCCGGGUGAUCUCCUUGCUCCUCUGGGUGUGUGCGGUGUAUUUUGUGGGAAUUUACCUUUUUGUGGGUGGAUUCCUUCUGGUUCGACUGGAGGUGAACCGUACCAGCACCUGCGGAGACGUACUCGAGCCAAGGGGAGAAUCGAAAGACUUUUGCGGGGCAAAGCCACGUUUCCGCAGGGCUGUCCUCAUCAUCAUCGACGCCCUCAGGAUCGACUUUACACGCUUUGACCCCAACAACACGUCGCCACAACCUUUUGAAAACAAGAUCCGUGUGAUUGACGAGAUAACAUCAUCCAAGCCUGCCCAGUGUCGCUUGUACCCCUUUCGUGCUGACCCACCUACGACCACCAUGCAGAGGAUAAAGGGAUUGACUACUGGGUCUUUGCCCACUUUUGUAGAUAUUGGUAAUAACUUUGCAUCAACGGCCAUCACGGAUGACAACCUUAUCCACCAAUUUGGUCAAAUAGGCAAACGCGUGGUGUUCAUGGGCGACGACACUUGGGAGAGUCUUUUCCCAAAGAAGUUCCACCGUUCUCUGCCCUUCCAUUCAUUUAACACGCACGACCUGAACACCGUGGACGACGGCAUCCUCCAGAAUCUCUACAAAACCCUGGUUGGCGACGAAUGGGAUGUAGUGGUUGCUCAUUUCCUCGGGGUGGACCACUGUGGUCACAGGUUUGGUCCUGAUCACCCAAGGAUGGCUGACAAGCUCAUCCAGAUGGAUGGAGUCAUCAGGUCUGUGAUCGACCACUUGCAGAAUGACACGCUUUUGGUGGUGAUGGGAGAUCAUGGAAUGACAGACACUGGCGAUCAUGGAGGAGAAAGUCAGAAGGAGACUGAAGCGGCCCUCUUCCUCUAUAGUUCUGCCCCACUCUUUCCUGGACCCCCAUCGCAGGAUGAACCAGAUGUGGUGCCCCAGAUCGACCUGGUUCCCACUCUGGCUCUGCUUCUUGGAGCACCCAUCCCAUAUAGCAGUGUGGGCCAAGUUCUCCUGCCUAUGUUUCCUUCGGUUGGCCCUGCACAAGGUGCAGUUGCAGGUCCCACCCAGUUGGAGGCGCUGUGGAUCAACGCAAAACAGGUCAGCCGUUUCCUGAUGACCUACUCCGCCAUUGCCAAAGACAUCCCGACGGAGAUUCUGACUCUGCUUAAGGAUCAAUUUGAAAACCUCUCGUCUGAGUAUCUCGCAUUUGUCAGAGAGGGCCGCUCAUCCUCCCGUGAGCUGUCGGCGGCACUGCGGGCCUACCUCACCUCCGUCCAAGACGUGUGCCGAGCCACCUGGGCCCGCUUCAACUGGCUCAAAAUGGGCGCCGGUCUAAUCAUCUUGGCACUUGCCAGCCUGAUGUGUUUCACCGUGUCCGAAAUGUCAUCCGUGCUCGUCAGAGAGAAUCACUUGCGACUGAGGACACCUGUUGCGGUCGCUCUGCUUGUUGGGUUCUGCGUGGCUGCUGGUCAGCUGCUCUCAUUGGGUUACGUGGAGUUAACGUGGUGCACGGCCGCCACCGCCUUCACCUCGGAGCUCUUCUUCCUGGCCUGGGCCCAUCAAUUCAAAAUAUCUGCCGCCUUUAAAAAUGAAGCGAAAGCUCCAAAGAGUGCAAGAUGGAGGAACUCAAGUUAUCUUCUUUCCCCACCCAUGGUGGUGACACUCCUUCACUUUGUCUCUUUGUUCUCAAAUAGCUACGUGGUCGAAGAAGGUCAGGUCAUAAGCUUUUUGGUUUUCUCCUUGGCUCUCAGUGUUCCCCUCCGUCUCAAUUGGGAUGGCCUCCUCCUGCCCGCUAACCAAGAUCCCUCCAAGCACAUUUUGCAACUACCCUCGCCGCCUUCGACGGUGCGAAAAGAAAGCGGGACACUCUUAGCCUUCUUCGCGCUCCUCGUGGGAAGUCUCUACUUCUCCGUCUUCUUCCACGGUUGUCGAGAGGAGCAGCACGACUGCCAGCCGUCCCCUUUCCUUUCCUCCCUCGCUCGAGUGAAGGACAAUCAAGUGAAGAACCUUUUCUACAUCUUCUCAGUUUUCUCCCUCGCCGUGUGGACGUAUCUGUUGAGGAGAUGUCUCCGCCACUACGGGAACCUCAACUCCUCGGGCGGAACGGUAUUCACGGCCCGCUGGAUCCUACCCCUGCUUUCCGUGUGUCUGGGCCUCUACUGGGCCGUUCGCGCCUCACCGGAGGACGGUUUCAAGAACUUAACAGAGCUCAUCAAACUGGCCCAGCUGAUCAUCCCCAGAGCCGCCUAUUUCCUCCUGGGACUGGGCCUGAUCCUGAUCUGGCUGGACCCCCUAACCGUGUUUGUGAAACACAGGCCCGCAAGCGUGCCGAAAAAUACGUCCGUGCCGCGCUACCGAGCCAGCACCGGUAUCAGCCCGCAAGCCGAGCUUCGCCACCUCAUCCCGCAAAUCUACCAACGCAUGCGCCGCUCGCUCGACGACGGAGAGGCGGGCGGAACCGGCGAGGCGGACAACAGACCUGCCGUGGAGGCUUACGGCCUCGGGACGGUCUACUCCGCCCCGCUGCUUCUGUUCUGUGGCCUGCUGGGAUUGGGUUUGCUGCAGUUGCACCCGGAAGGCAUGGCUCUGUCUUUCCUGCUGCUACUUUUGGAAAUGGGGGCUCUGCUGCACAUUCAUGCCUCCUCAACAAGCCUCCGCGACCUGCACGGAGUCAAUUCUGGUGGCUUCAAUGUGCCCUGGACUCCUGUCGUGCUGUGGUCCCUGGCCGCCACCCAGUUCUUCCACGCGACAGGUCACCUGCCCGCCUUCCCCGCCCUUCAAUGGGGAGCAGCCUUUGUGGGAUUCCCAGAUGGACACACGGGCACCUUACUGCCGGCCACGUUGGUUACUCUCAACACCUUCGCUUCACACAUCCUGUUUGCAGUGGGAUGUCCGUUGCUUCUGUUUUGGCCCCUGGUAUGCGAGGUCAGAGGAAGCAGGUCAGCAAAAGCCAGUGGUGAAGGAGGAGAGGAGGCGGUGAUGGAGAUGAGACUGAGAGAGAAGCCUCAACUUUUUAGCUUGGCUCUCCUGCAACUCUCCACACGCUACCUUUUUAUUCUCGGACUGCAGGUCUUUGCUUCAAUGUGUGCAGCUGCCAUCCUCAGGAGACACCUAAUGGUGUGGGGUAUUUUCGCACCCAAGUUUAUGUUUUCUGCCUCGGGGUUCCUGGUGAGCUGCGUGUGUUUGCUGCUCGGCGUCUCGUUAGUGCUGAGAGUGGACGUGGCCGUCGGACGUUGGUUCGAGAGACUCGUCCCCGAAGUGUCCAGGUAGCCAAAGCCACGCCGCUCGAGCGCACUAUGCCAUUAAAGAAAUAAACAAGGUGGAGGAGUUGUGUGGACACUUGAUAAACGGUGUGAAGACUCAAAACCACUGACAAAUUGAAAGUUGCAAGAGCAGGCUAAAAUGUUAAGUCUGCAUUUUUUCUUUUUUUUUUAUAUAUAAGACCUGAGAAGAGUUGCACUUUCUUUUUUCUUCUUUCCCCUAUGAUUUUUUUUUCUUCUAUCAAGUAAUCAGACAAAUAACAAUUACAAUAAAAAUAAAUAAAAAUAAUAAUAUAAUCACACUAUUUAGUUUAUAAAUUACAAAUUAAAUACAUGUCUUAACAUCUUAAUGCCUUUUGUUUUCCAACGAUGUCUUAUAUAUAAGUCAUUUAUUUUCUUAAGAAUGUCUUGAAUCACUGUCAAGGGUGUUUUGUGUAAUGUGCUGCUAAACGUUCAUAAAGCUAAUGCACAAUAUUGAAGGCAUGUCAAGGUCAGGUUGAACCAACAUUGCAUUUCUUCAAUUCACCCCAGAUUAUGAUUUAAUCAUGUUGUUAUUGUGUUUUGGAUCAAAUUUAUUUCUAUGAAGAACUAAAACGAGUGACUAAAAACAAACUUUUUCCGUGUGUUGUUCAUGAAAAUAGUUUUUGGACUUGUCAACUUGAACUUUAUGCACUGCUAACUAUUUAUACUUGAAAGGUGCUAUUAAAAAAAUUGAACAUGUUUAUUGAUCAGGGGAGAUGAUGGAAUAUUUUACUACCCAUCAGUCAAUGUCUUUCAUUCAUUAUUCACAAGGGACUUUCACGUUUUCAAUUUCCAUACUGUCUCUUUUAUACACAUUAGUGAAGCUCAUCUUUUGUCCAAAAAUAAAUAAAUAAAAUCUGUCCCAUUUCA